GCGGUCAUCACAGUGAGCCGUCCCUCAGGAGUAGCGGAGAGAUAACCGGAGGUAACCGGAGAUAACCGGGGGGAUAACCGGAGAGGUAACCCGAGAGAUUACCGGAGAGAUGAAGACUCCUCCGGACCGAUCGGGGAUCAUCUUCGAGGUCGGAGCUCAGCUGCAGGCCCGAGACCGCCACAAGAACUGGUAUCCGGCCACCAUUGAGAAGAUCGACUAUGAUAAGGAGCAGGUGUUGAUCCAUUACCGGCAGUGGAGCCGGCGCCAUGAUGAAUGGUUCCAGUGGAGCUCUCAGUACCUGCGUCCGCUGGAGCGCGUCAGCCUGAGGAGGCAGAGCCUGAACCCACCACGGACUCCUCCCUUGUUUGUUUCCGGUUCGAAGGUUCUGGCCUGUUGGACCGACUGUCGCUUCUACCCGGCCAAAAUCCUGCGAGUCAACAAGGACGAGUCCUACACAGUGCGUUUCUAUGACGGCGUGGUUCGGACGGUGAAGCCCACCAAGGUCAAACCCUUCCAGAAAAAGUCCAGAUCUGAGAAGAGCGCGGUGGGAAGCGAGGGAUGGGAGGAAGGAGAGAGUGAGGAGGAGGAAGCAGGAGAAGGAGAGGAGGAGGAGGAGAAGAAGGAGGAAGAGGUGGAGGAGGAGAAGGCGACGUCAGAGGAGAAGGAAGGAGCUGCUGAGGAGGGGGAGGAGGAUGAGGGGGAGAGGAAGAGGAAGGCUGAACCUUCAUCCUCCCAUUCACCAGCGAAGAAGAAAAUCGAUGAUAGUAGAAACCAGCCAAUCACAGCUGACCCCGCCCUCCCAAACCCCGCCCACCUCGACAGAGACGUCCUGUUGGAGCGUCAGGCUCACCUGCCCACCACACACAAGUUCAGCAGAGAGCCCUUGUACAGGGUGAUAAAGAACCAGCCUCCUCCCAUCCUCUCCAUUGAGUUGGAUCACAACCCGUUUAAGUGUCCAGUGUCCGGCUGCAGUAAGUCGUUCAGGAAGGCCAGUCUGCUGCACUACCACAUCAAAUACUAUCACUCUGAGCAGCAGCUGGACGAGCACGACUCACACAGGAGGAAGCGGUUGUCCUCUGAUGGAAGCGACUUCCUGUCAGACGUGAAGAAUGACAACCAGAGUGGUUUCUCCUGUCACCGUGACGACAGAGAGCAAAGCAUCAUGGGAACAGAGGUGAAGAAGGACGGGGGGAGGGAGAAAGCAGAGGGACAGGAGCGGAAGGAGAGGAAGAACUUCCUGAGAGUCAAACUGAAGAAGAAGAAAAAGAAGAAGAAGAAGAGUCAGUCAGGACUCGGCAGCAGCGACGAUGAGAACUCAGAUCAACCUGCCGUCACUGUGAAGCUCUCAACAGGACACACACAAGCUGACGACGGCAGUGAUUGGUCGACGCUCACGGCAGAGAGCGGAGAGGAUACGUCCUCGUGGCCGGUUGCUAUGGAGACGGAGGAGUGUGAGGUGGUGAGGUGUGUGUGUGAGGUGGACGAGGAGAACGACUUCAUGAUCCAGUGUGAGUCGUGCCUGUGCUGGCAGCAUGGAACCUGUAUGGGUCUAUAUGAAGACAACGUUCCUCACAACUACAUCUGCUACUACUGCAGACACACCGCAGGUUGGAGGCGGGCUCAGCGGUUCCUCUCAGAGCCUGAUUUGCUGAUAUCGGGUCACAUGUUCGGUCUGUCGUGUGUGAAGGAGAAUUAUUCUGAGAUCAACGCCGCCAAGAUCUCACACACCAGCUCGCUGCUGGCGCACACGCACGGCCUCAACCAGGUGCUCAGUGGCCUGCAGCUCAAGAUCAGCCUGUUACACUCCACAUCACACCCCGACCUGCAGCUGUGGCGGUUGCCAUGGAGACGGGAGGAGGGACAGAAACUAGCAUCCAGUCUGAGAGGAGAGACGGCCAUCUGUUACGUCAGCAGCGAGCACUGUUACCAGAAGCCAGGAGCAUCAUGGGAAAAAACAGAGCCGGACGCUGAGCAGAUGGACAUAAAGCUGGUAGACCUGGAGGAGAAGCCGAGCGUCACCUCUGCAGAUAAUAUAACACACACUGUGACGCACACACACACAUACGCUGACAUCAGUGUGAAAAGAGAGAAACACACACACACCGAUGGCGAUGAACACACACACACUUACACACACACACACACAGCAGAGCCGGCCGAGUGUCAGCUGAACCUGCUGGAGCACGUUGAGUCUGUUCAGCACCAGAUCAGCACGAGGAUGGACCUGAUAGAGAGAGAGCUGGAUGUGUUGGAGUCCUGGUUGGACCAUUCAGGCGAGCUGGAGCCUCCGGACCCUUUGUCCCGCCUCCCGCAGCUCAAACAGCGAAUCAGACGGCUGCUGCGUGACCUGUGUACUGUGAGGCACCUGUCAGUCUGCCGCUGACCUGACGCCCCCCCCCCCCCCCCCCCCCGACCCUGCAGGGGUCCACACAUAGACCAGUGCUGUGGUGGGUCAGAGAACAGCACCCCUGGUGGAGAAAAGGUGCACUGCAGCCCAUUUACAGUGUGUGACCGAGCAGUGUCCAAUCACAAGGAUUAUUGAUUAUUGAUGGAUUAGAUUCUGUUUGUGAGCCUCUCUCUGACGGUGUGGACAGCUCGGUAACGUUAAUAACUGAACUCACAUCAUCUUACCAGCAGGAAGAAGUUCUGGCUCCAAUCAGACUAAAGAGACACCAGCAACAUGUAACAUAGAAACUCACCUGAGGGAUGAGCGAGUGAUGCUUUUAUAAGAUAUGACUAGUAGAACUAACUGCUCUGAUACCUUUUUGUCAGUAAAAGUAAAUAAAUAAAAAUCAACACAUUCUGGGCGGUACGACAGUGAGGCAGGAAACCUUUAUACUGUCUUCAUGUUUGAUCCAAAGCAUCAAAGAACUGAUCUAAGUACUGUGUGUGUGUGUGUGUCAAAGCUCUGUUACUAACACACACAGUCAGUAUAAUAUCAUAUAAUACAGUAUAAUAUAAUACAGUAUAAUAUAAUAUAAUACAGUAUAAUAUCAUAUAAUACAGUAUAAUAUGAUAUAAUACAGUAUA